AUGAGUCGCCGAUUUGUUGGCAGAAGCAUGUACUCCCGUUUCCGCUCGGCCAAGUUCAUCUUCUUCAUGUCAAUAUGUAAUGCACUGGUAAUGCUGAUGAACGUUAUGUCUGUGUAUAAUAGAGGGGAGUUAGCUCAAACAAAACAGGAAAUUAUCCGCGAAGUUAUAAGAACGGUACCAUGCGAAGAAGACGCGGAAAAAGAACCCAAAGCAAAAGUGCACGUAAAAUAUUUUGAAGAUGAAAGUCAAAGACAUGAAGAAGAGGACUCAGAUAACGAACUUCCACUUUGUUCGAAUGUAACUGAACCUGGCGUGGAGUGUGAGAUACAGUUUUCUGAUUUUCAAUAUCCACUUGAGAUUAACAUGACUAAGUUAGUAUCUGAUUAUAAACGUCAAGGACAUGUGGAUGAAACAGUCAUUAACAAAUACACUCACACGGAGACACUCGUUCCCGCCAAAACCUGCGUGCAAGGGGAAGGCAAGAGUUCCGAAAAACACGUGUUUAUGAUUUAUCUGAUCAAGAGUACGCCGACAAACUACGCCCGGCGUAAUGUUAUCCGGAAGUCUUGGGCGGACGAAUACAAGUUCCCAAGUAUCCGGCUAGUGUUUCUGAUGGGGUUUCCUGUGAGAUCCACUCUGAAUGAGAUGAUCGUAGCCGAGAGUAAAGAAUUUGGUGAUAUUUUACAGCUGGAUUUCAUUGACACGUAUUACAAUCUAACAUUAAAGGCUAUUGGUGGAAUAAGAUGGACGGCCAAAAAUUGUCCGGGAGCAAAAUUCGCUAUAAUGGGGGACGAUGAUUAUUACGUAGCAACAGAUUUCAUGUUGUCUUUACUUGAACAUAUUCACACGUUUCAUCCCACUAGUGUCUAUAUGGGCGGACUGAUACACAGUGCCAAACCACAACGAGAUCGGUCCGCUAAGUGGUAUAUCUCCCCCGCGGAUUAUCCGUUCAACAAGUACCCUCCCGUUAUACGGGGAGGAACUCUCGUCAUGUCCAUGGACUUCGUAAUAGACAUGAACAUCGUCAUACCCUACACGAAAUCCUUACCUUUCGACGACGUGUAUUUCGCCAUUGUUGCCUAUAAGCUCGGGGUAAAACCAAUGACCGAAGACAGGUUUGCCUUCCGGAAAGUGAGGUACUCUGACGAGGAGUUCAGAACGGUUCUUAGUUCCCAUGGUUACAAGCGUCCGUUUGAACUCAAGCAUGCGUGGCGAUGUCACGAGAUAAUACAAGAGUUGGCACGGGAGAAUUCUACCAAGAAAACGUGUUGGUGAAAGUAGUUGUGUUAUAUUGACCGUAUCGUUUGAAGCGAGCUAUUGCAGAUGGAUUCAUUGGUUAAUUAAGUAUGAAUGAUUGAUGAGGAGAUUAACACACCUUAACAACAGGUAAGGGGUAGAGUCUUGAAGAACAGUCCUGAAGCAAAACGGCCCUCCUGGGACGGCGCACAGACCUAAACAAAACGGCCCUCCUGGGACGGCGUACAGGCUUAAACAAAACGGCCCUCCUGGGACCGCGUACAGGCCUAAACAAAACGGCCCUCCUGGGACGGCGCACAGAC